AUGGUAUACAUAAGCAUGGAAGUGCUCCAGGAGGCUAUGCGCCACCGGCACAACAUCCGUAACAUCGCUGUCAUUGCUCAUGUUGACCAUGGUAAGACAACCCUGACAGAUUCCCUGUUAGCUCGAGCUGGAUUCAUUUCCUCAUCUCAAGCUGGAACAAAGAGAGCUACAGACACUCUUAAAGCUGAGCAGGAAAAGGGCAUCACCAUCAAGUCCACGGCCAUCUCUCUCUACUAUGAUCUUGGAGCUGAAAACAUGAAGCAGUUUGGACUGACAAACUCCGAUGGAAGUGGAUUUCUUAUCAACCUAGUGGACAGCCCAGGACAUGUAGACUUCUCUCCAGAAGUGACAGCAGCUCUGCGCAUCGUUGACGGUGCAAUGGUUGUGGUUGACUGUGUUAGUGGAGUAAGUGUCCAAACAGAAACCGUCCUCCGCCAGGCUCUGUGUGAACGCAUUAAACCUGUGCUGAUGAUGAAUAAGUUGGAUCGCGCCAUCUUUGAAAAAGGCCUUAGUCCAGAAGAAAUUUAUUGUACCCUCCGCAAUGUCGUCGAAAAUGUGAAUGCUCUCAUAGCAACUUACGCAGAGGACGAAUCGCCCAUGGGGGAUCUUAUGAUGGACCCAUCAAAAGGCAAUGUUGCUUUUGGUUCUGGUCUCCAUGGAUGGGGGUUCAACCUCCGGCAGUUUGCCAAUCUCUAUGCUGCAAAGUUUGGCAUCAAGGAAGAGAAACUCAUGAAAAGGCUUUGGGGUGAGAACUUCUACAACCCAAAGACUUGCCAAUGGACAACUGAAGUGACUGAAGGAUCUGUGAGAGGGUUUAACCAGUUUGUCCUUGAACCUCUAAUCAAGAUUCUCCAAGCAGCCACAGACUGCGACAAAGCAAACACCAGUGCUCUACUUCAAAAACUAGGAUACCAUCUGACACAAAAUGACCUCGAACUUGAGGGCAAAGAGUUCAUGAGAGCAGCCAUGAAGACUUGGCUUCCUGCCGCUGAUGCCAUGUUGGACAUGAUUAUUUUGCACUUGCCAUCCCCUGUAACAGCACAGACCUACCGCACUGAGCUGCUGUACGAGGGUCCAUUAGAUGAUGACGCUGCAGAAGCAAUGAAAGCCUGUGAUCCCAAUGGACCUUUAAUGAUGUACAUCUCCAAGAUGGUACCGUCUGCUGAGAAGGGUCGUUUCUACGCUGUUGGAAGAGUUUUUUCAGGAACAGUAGCCCUGGCCAAAAAAACUGUGGUGAUGAUGGGCGGCUCGGUCCAAGGGGUGGAUGAUGCUCCCUGUGGAAACAUUGUGGGUCUGGUUGGUGUAGACAAGUUCUUGCAGAAAAGUGGCACCAUCUCUACUUUUGAGCACGCCCACAACUUGAAGGUUCUCAAGUUCUCGGUGAGUCCUGUUGUGCGAGUGGCUGUGGAGCCAGUCAACCCACAGGAUCUUGCCAAGCUGGUGGAAGGUUUGAGGAGGCUCAACAAAGUGGAACCUUUAGUGCAGGUCACCAGUGAAGCAGGUCAGCAUGUUGUGGCGGGUGCUGGAGAACUACAUCUUGAGAUCAUUCUACAAGAUUUGGAAGAAACCUAUGCUGGUGUUCCCAUCAAGAAAUCUGACCCUGUAGUCAAAUAUUGUGAAACGGUGACGAGAGAAUCAAGUAGAGUUUGCCUGGCUAAGUCUGUUAACAAGUUGAACAAGCUAUACAUGAUGGCUUCUCCUUUACCAGAAGGCCUGAGUGAAGAAAUUGAAAGGGGUGAUUUGAGUAGUGACAUAAAGGAGAGAGCUCGCUACCUGGCAGACAAUUACAGUUUUGAUGUCAAUGAAGCACGCAAAAUUUGGUGUUUUGGACCAAAUAAUAGUGGUCCAAACAUCUUCAUUGACUCCACACAUGGAGUGGAUACAACCAGAGUGAGAGAUGCCAUUUGUGCUGGUUUUCAGUGGGUGUCUAAUGAGGGUGUCCUAUGUGAUGAAACUAUGAGGGGCGUCCGUUUCGACUUGAGAGAUGCUCAAAUCCACUCAGAUCCUGCUCACUGCGGUGGAAGUCAGAUUAUCCCAGCAGCUCGCAGAGGCUUGUUUGCCUCAAUGCUCACAGCUUCACCCGCACUUCUGGAACCAGUCUACAUGGUUGAAGUUCAGUGCCCUUUGACAGUAAUAGGCAGUGUCAUGAGUGUCUUGUCUAGAAGACGAGGGGUGGUGGUAGAACAGCUUCAUCAUUCUGGGUCUCCUUUGUGCACUGUGAAAGCCCACACACCUGUUAAUGAGACUUUUGGAUUUUCGGAAGAACUGAAGUCUCAAACAAGUGGCCAGGCUUUCCUCCAGUGCAUUUUUGACCACUGGCAGAUCCUUCCUGGCGACCCUUUGGUCUCUGGGUCAAAGGCUGCUGAAAUAGUGGCCAGUGUCCGAAAACAGAAGGGCUUAUCAGCAAACAUCCCAACUCUGGAGAGUGUGCUGGACAAGCUGUAA